AUGAACACCGACAAUUACACAGACAAGGCCAACAAUGCCAUACAAAGAGCUGUUGAUCUUGUUGAAAAACACUCAAAUGCAGAACUUGCUCCCCUUCAUAUCGCGGUUGCUCUUCUUGACCCUUCAACAGACGACGAGGAUGAAGGGCCCUCAGCCCAUCCCUCCCACGGGAGCUCGAACUCCCCGCUCUUCUGUCAAGUCGUCGAACGUGCGCAUGGCGAUAUGCAACUCCUUACCCGCGCGCUCAUGAAACGACUCGUUAGACUCACCUCUCAAACCCCUCCCCCUGAGAAGCCCACCCUUUCUCCGGCCUGCCGAAAAGUCCUUAUCAACGCUGCCGAAUUGUCCAAGACACAAAAGGAUAGCUAUGUUGCUGUGGACCAUUUGAUCCAGGCUGUUUGUCAGGACCCACAAGUCCAGGCUUCUCUCAAAGACGCCAACAUUCCGGAUGUCAAGUUCAUCGAUACUGCCAUUCAGGAAAUUCGAGGAACAAGGCGGGUCGACUCGAAAACGGCGGAUGCGGACAGCGAGGCCGAAAAUCUCAAGAAAUUCACAAUUGAUAUGACAGCCCUAGCUCGAGAGGGUAAAAUCGAUCCAGUAAUUGGUCGAGAAGAGGAGAUCCGUCGUGUGAUCCGUAUUCUCAGUCGAAGAACGAAGAAUAACCCUGUCCUCAUCGGUGAACCCGGUGUGGGUAAGACCACGAUUGUCGAGGGAUUAGCCCGUCGAAUUGUCAAUGCAGAUAUCCCAGCCAGUCUUUCCCAGUGCAAGCUCCUUUCACUCGAUGUGGGCUCCCUUGUCGCCGGAAGCAAAUACCGUGGCGAGUUCGAAGAAAGACUGAAGGGUGUCCUCAAAGAAAUUGAAGACUCCAAAGAAACCAUUGUCUUGUUCGUGGAUGAAAUCCAUCUUCUCAUGGGCGCAGGUGCAAGUGGUGAAGGUGGAAUGGAUGCCGCCAACUUGCUGAAACCCAUGCUUGCUCGCGGACAGCUCCACUGUAUUGGUGCUACGACGCUCGGCGAAUAUCGCAAGUAUAUCGAGAAGGAUGCUGCAUUCGAGCGACGAUUUCAGCAGGUUCUUGUCAAAGAGCCAUCCAUCUCAGAGACCAUCUCAAUUCUACGUGGCUUGAAGGAGAAAUAUGAAAUUCACCACGGCAGUGUUCAGAUUCUAGAUGCCGCAAUCGUCGCCGCAGCUACUCUAGCUGCCCGGUAUCUCACGGCUCGCCGGCUCCCUGACUCGGCCGUUGACCUCAUUGACGAGGCCGCUGCCGCCGUCAGGGUCGCGCGCGAGUCCGAACCAGAGGCUCUCGACAACCUCGAGCGCAAGCACCGACAACUCGAAAUCGAAAUCCACGCUCUCAAGCGCGAAAAGGACGAUGCUUCGAAAGCUCGCCUCCAGGCCGCUCAACAAGAGGAGGCCAAUGUUAUGGAGGAAUUACGGCCGAUGCGCGAGAAGUACGAUAGCGAAAAGAAACGCAACAAGGCCAUUCAGGAAGCUAAAACAAAACUUGAUGGCAUGAAAGUAAAGCUAGACAAUGCUGAACGAAGCGGCAACACCGAAAAGGCCGCCGAACUGAAGUAUGGAGGUAUUCCUGAUCUCCAGCUGCAUAUCGAAGCGUUGGAGAAAAACAAGGCGAAGGCCGAUGAAGAGCGACGCAACCGACAAGGCGAGGCUGGAGAGCCUUUGCUAGCUGAUGAAGUUGGGCCUGAUCAGAUCAAUGAGAUCGUCGCCAAAUGGACGGGAAUUCCUGUGACAAGACUGAAAACCACCGAAAAGGACAAGCUAUUGCACAUGGAGAAGUACCUGGGCAAAAUUGUUGUCGGCCAGAAAGAAGCUGUGGGAUCUGUCUCAAAUGCCAUCCGUCUGCAACGGUCGGGCCUCAGCAACCCCAAUUCGCCUCCAAGCUUCUUGUUUUGCGGUCCGUCUGGUACAGGUAAAACACUGCUUACCAAGGCUUUGGCAGAGUUCCUUUUCGAUGACCCUAGGGCUAUGAUUCGAUUCGACAUGUCUGAGUACCAGGAGCGACACUCAUUGAGUCGCAUGAUUGGUGCACCUCCAGGCUACGUUGGACACGAUGCAGGUGGCCAGCUGACCGAGUCUCUUCGGCGCCGACCAUUCUCCAUCCUCCUGUUUGAUGAAGUCGAGAAGGCAGCCAAGGAGGUACUCACCGUCCUCCUCCAGCUUAUGGACGAUGGUCGCAUCACCGACGGCCAGGGUAGAAUUGUCGACGCCCGCAACUGUAUUGUGGUCAUGACGUCCAACCUCGGCGCUGAAUACCUCGCGCGCCCAACCACAAAAGACGGAAAGAUUGACCCUCAAACCCGUGAACUAGUAAUGGGCGCUCUCCGCAACUGGUUCCUUCCUGAGUUCCUCAACCGAAUUUCUAGCACGGUCAUCUUCAACCGUCUCACGAAGAAAGAAAUCCGCAGGAUUGUCGACCUCCGCCUUAGCGAGGUCCAAGACCGCCUCGAGCAAAACAGCCGCAAUGUCACAAUUCAAUGCACCGAAGAAGUCAAAGACUACCUCGGCGAAUCUGGCUACUCGCCUGCUUACGGCGCUCGUCCACUGGGACGCAUCAUCGAGCGCGAGGUCCUCAAUCGCCUUGCAGUCCUCAUACUGCGCGGAAACAUCCAAGAUGGCGAAGUCGCUCGGGUGGUUAUGCGCGACGGCCGCAUCGACGUCCUUCCCAACCACGAAGUCGCCCUCGAUGAAGAUCUGGACAUGACAGACGAGGACGACUUUGAUGCUAUGGCCGAGAUGGAGGAUAACAGUGGCGACAUGGACUUGUAUGAUUAA